GAAAAUGAAUGUAUGAGAAUUAAAAUCUUAGGAGACUGCUACUACUGUGUGUCUGGCCUUCCAAUAUCACUACAAAAUCAUGCCAAGAAUUGUGUGAAAAUGGGACUGGAUAUGUGUGAAGCUAUAAAGAAGGUGAGAGAUGCAACUGGAGUUGAUAUUAAUAUGAGAGUGGGCGUACACUCUGGGAAUGUCCUUUGCGGUGUGAUUGGACUCCAAAAAUGGCAAUAUGAUGUGUGGUCACAUGAUGUAACACUGGCCAAUCACAUGGAAGCUGGAGGAAUUCCUGGCCGUGUUCACAUUACUUCAGUCACCUUGGCACACUUGAAUGGAGCAUAUAAAGUGCAAGAAGGGGAUGGUGAUGCAAGGGAUUCAUACCUCAAGGAACAUAACGUGAAAACCUUCUUUAUAAUCAAUCCUAAGGAAGAAAAACGAAGCCCACAACAUCAUUUCCGAACUCGAAACACCCUAGAAGGAGCUAAAAUGAGAGCCUCUGUUCGUAUGACUAGAUACUUGGAAUCAUGGGGAGCAGCUAAGCCAUUUGCUCAUUUGCACCAUCGGGACAGUAUGAUUACUGAAAAUGGCAAAAUCAGCACCAUGAACAAAAUCUCAGAAGAAAAAAUUUGAAGAGGAAUUAAAUGAAAGGAUGAUUCGAGCAAUUGAUGGAAUAAAUGCUCAAAAGCAGUGGCUUAAAUCUGAGGAUAUUCAAAGAAUAUCAUUGCUUUUCUACAAUAAAAUCUUAGAAAAAGAAUAUAGAGCAACAACUCUUCCUGCAUUCAAGUACUAUGUAACCUGUGCCUGUCUUAUAUUCUUCUGCAUUUUUCUUGUGCAGAUUCUAGUGCUACCAAAAAAAUCUAUACUUGGAAUCUCCUUUGGAACUGCCUUUCUGGUACUCUCCUUCAUUCUUUUCAUCUGUUUUGCAGGACAACUUUUGCAGUGUAACAAGAAACUCUCAGCUUUCCUGAGGUGGAUUCUGAAGUCAGCUGGAGUCAUUGAAAACCGCCCUUGGCCACGAAUCAUGAUUACGUUGAUAACAACAGCUGUAAUAUUAACUAUGGCUGUGUUCAACAUGUUUUUCUUGAGUGAUGGUGGUAUGGUUGAAUCUCUCCCCAUUCUUAAUUCAUCAAAUAUAAGUUCUUCCGAUGCAAGAGAUCAGACACUCUGGUAUAUUCAAAGCAACCAUUUUUUCUUACCAUACUUUAUCUACAGCUGCAUCCUGGGCCUCAUUUCUUGUUCUGUUUUCCUCCGUAUAAAUCAUGAACUGAAAAUGGCAAUCAUGUUGGUGGCUCUGGUUGUCUACAAUGUAAUUCUUUUGCACACACAUGGCUCUGUGCUAGAUAAUUACAGCAAGUUACUCUACACAAUGGCACCAUUUAAAAG